UAGGGGCGGGACCUAUAGAGCAGGCGGAGGCCGGAUGGAUCAGGGGGGUCCGCGCUGGCCCACGGGUGCCAGGAUGGGCAGCUGGGUGUCCCACGCACUGGGCCUGAUGGUGGUGCUGGCGGCAGUGCUGAGCUCUGCGCGGGGCCGGAGGAGCCAGGACCUGCACUGCGGAGCUUGCCGGGCCCUGGUGGAUGAGCUGGAGUGGGAGAUCGCGCAGGUCGACCCCAAGAAAACCAUCCAGAUGGGCUCGUUCCGCAUCAACCCGGACGGCAGCCAGUCAGUCGUGGAGGUGCCCUAUGCCCGCUCCGAAGCCCACCUGACAGAGCUGCUGGAGCGGGUGUGCGAGAAGAUGAAGGAGUACGGGGAGAAGACGGACCCUGUCACCCAGCGCAAGGCAUACGUCCGCAUCCUCUCCCACGAUGGCACCAAGAUGGAUCUCUCCGAGGUCAAGAUAGAUGGGGAUGUGGUCUCCAGCUUAAAGUUUGCUUGCGAGAGCAUCGCAGAGGAGUAUGAGGAUGAGCUCAUUGAGUUCUUCUCCCAUGAGGCUGAGAACAUCAAGGACCGACUCUGCAGCAAGCGCACCGAUCUCUGUGAUCAUGCCCUGCACGUGCCCCACGAUGAGCUGUGAUGUAGCAGCCCCAGAUUGCGCUGGACAGAGCCGUAUAACCGAUGCCUUGCACUCCCCCCACUCCCGUGUCACCUGUGCUGUCCUCGGGGGCAUCACAACUCCUCGCUGAGGAUGGGCAGCCCCGUGUGAGCAGCUCCCAAGCCAGGCAGGAAGGACAUUCCCUGCCUGCUUCUUGGGCUCAACUACCUUGGUGCUGUGAGCAGCCCCUUCCUUGCCCAUGGGCCCCGUGAGGAUGCUGGCUCCUUUGCUGGGACUCUGCUUCCUCCCUUGUCUGGCGUUUUUGUGUCUUAUUUAUUUUUGCUGCACGUCUGUUGUGUCUGUGUUGCAGCAGGAGCAUUGUCUCGGGGCUGGUGAAGGGGACCAGCAGCUAGGACUCCUGGGUUCUCUUCCAGCCUGGAGGCAGAGCAGCUGAUAGCCGCCUGGGGCUCUUGGCUCUAAUAAGACUGGUGAUACAGGACUCCAAGGCUUCAUUCCCAGCAGGGGUGUUUUGUGGUGUCUGCCGGAGCCAGGACUUUUGGGUUCCACACUGGCUGUGCCACCAUCUCCUUGGGCAAGUCACUUCAUCUCCCUGUGACUCAGGUGCGGGAGGGGACCAAUGGGGAGGGGCCUGCACAGAAGCCACU